CCUCCGCCUGCAGCGUCUGCCGCCUCCGGGUGCGCAGGGCCGCGCUCCGCACGCGCACGCCUCCCGCUGCCGCCCGGGCGCGCGCGGCGCCCCCUCCAGCUGCCCGGCGACCAUGAGCUGCGGCGCGCGGGUCGCGGGGAGCAGUGAGGAUCACAAUGCCUCUUCAGAAGAGAAAGAUUGCCCCACCCCCAACCUAGAUACUUCAAAGGACUCCAAAUCAGGAGAGGACAGCAGUUCUCAGAGCAGUUCUGAAAGUGAAUCUGAUAAUGAGGAACCAAAACCAGAAAAAACAAGUGCUGCGUGUGCGCUCUGCUCUGUGCCCCUGAGAGAAAAGGUUGAGAGCCGGCUGGCCGGCCGGGGGGGUGGCCGCGGGCGUGGCGGCUUCCUGCCCGGGCUCUGCCCGCACGUUGCUGCGGAGGCAGCUGUUGCUGCUGGAAGUGUCGGACAAUGUCAUGUGUGGUUUAGAGUUUUGCUGUUCUGGCUACUUGUGAACAGCUUGAAUGGGGAACUAGGAGAGUCUUCCGCCGAGGAAGCUUCCGCUCAGGGUGAAGAAUGGGAGGAUAAAGAAUCACGCACAGAUCAUUUUAAUUCAGAGUUUAAUAAAGUCCAGCCUUACUGUGAACACUGUAAUGCUGAAAGUAAACAUCAUGAACAGGUGACCCCCAGGCUCCUUUCCCGGGGACAGUUUCUACUGAAGGUGGACACAGAGGGGAUUUACCAGUGCACGGAAACUGGUUUGAUAUUCGAGGUUAACAGAAAAGUUGACAUCAAGUAUUGCGUUUUGUCCUGGAGCAAAUACGCAGACCUGGUUGUUAAGCCCUGGGCUGUCAGUGGACCUUUGUUUGAUGUUAAAUGUGACCCAGCCUGUCUUACCUCCAUUCAGUUUCCACAUUCCCUCUGCUUGGGUCACCAUGAUGCCAAUAUGACGUUCAAAGUCUUACAUGUGAAAAGCUCUGGGGCAUUGUUAGAAUCUACUGUGGAUCAUUCUGCAACCCAUGUCAAAUGGCAUGUGAGCUCUCUUUCUCCUGUGGGACCUGUUAUGCAAAGCGAAGAAACAGUAUACCACCACGGGGCCGUGAUUCUGUACAAAGCCAUUGACCAUAAUCCAUCUUUGUCUUUUCGAGUGUACAUAGCAACCAAUAAUGAGUCCUUCAUCAAGGAUAUUUCCAAGUCUAUAAAGCACUCCUCUAAGAAAUUCAUGAAAAUCGACAAGCCUCCUGUUUGCCAGAAGUUACUGCAGAAUGGAAAGAAAUACAGACUGAUCAGUGAACCAGAAGCUGAAAUUACCCCAGAGGAAAUUGAAUUUGUUGAUGGUUCACUUUUGAAAUUGAAAAGUUAUAUUGAGGUGUAUUUGGAGCAACCAGUGGAGUUUAAAUUACUUUUGGUUGAAAUGGAUUCUGAGGAAAUUGUAUGGAAAGCAAAACUGAGAGAAUGUGACUGGAUUCAGCACGAUCAGAAUCGGAACAUUUCGAAAAGCAGCAUGAGUGGUAACAGGCGACGAAAAUUGAGUAGCAGCUUACCUGAUGAGGAGGCCUAUGAUAAAAGAAUGAAGCAGGUUGACACUUCAGAUGGAGUGAAGGCUAGAAGCCUGUUAACAGACGCUCAGUUGAUCACGCUUGCUGGGAAGCUGGGGAAGGAGUGGACAGAAGUGGCCAUGGCCAGCCUGGCGUUGGACACCAGAGAUAUUGACGAUAUCCAGGAGAAGAAAGAUGUUACCAUCUAUAACUUUAAGGUGCUGAAGAAGUGGCAAGAAAAGGAGCAGGGUAAUGCUACAGCCCAGAAUUUAUAUAACUGCUUGAAAAACGUCCCGGUUGAAGUCCAAGACAUGCUGAAAGGCUUCUUACGGGGAACAUGAAGUUUGGAAGACGGACUGAGAAAGGAGGCCUGGGGACCUUACAUCUGCAGAAGACCAUGUCAGCCCGGAGUGGGUGUAGACUCGAUGAGACCUUGAACUUCACAGCCUGUGCAGGCAGCUCCUGUUAAUCGUCAGCCACUCUACAGCUCACAGCCCUCAGGGAAUGUAACAUGUUUGGAAACUUGAGGAAGAAAACACAUCUCUAAUAUCAAGAUUUGUUUCUGCACCUCCCGCUCGCACAUCGCGCCCUGCACGCCCGCCCACAAGUACACUGACACAGGUGCUGAGCGGGCCCCAGCCAGUCAGAUGAGAAACGUGCUCAUCUUCCUUCUGGAGUCUGUGAUCUAUGAAAUUCACAUCAAGUGUUUGAAACAUUUUUAGCAAUUAAGUGGUGAUAUACUUGCAGCAAUGUAAUUUAGCUUUUUUCUCAUUGACAUUAAUAAUGAAGAGAAGUUCCUAUUCUUUUAGUUCCCACUCAGACACACGUGCCCCUGGUCCAGUGCGUCUUUGUAUGUGGGAAAUGGUUUUCAUAUCGCACAUUGCUAACCUGUCUGGCUGGUGGUCUGUUGAACCACUGAAGCAGUCGUGUUGCCUGGUCCUCGAGCGCUGAGGGAGGAAUGUAAUCUCCCCCAUCGCAGUGUCAGUGUGCACGCUCAGAGGCGGUCCCCUCCUCUCACUGGGGAGUUCCCCUGGAUCGAUCCUCAGGGAAUCCUUGUGAGUUUCCUCAGCCCUCCAGAAUCACCAGGCCAAGCACUACAUUUUCUGACUCUCGCCCUGGGAUCAUUUGCUCCACUCAGAGGUAGCCUUAGCCGCACCAAGGGAGAACGGUGAUCUCUUCUUGAGGAAGACUUGCCCAGGGAAUAUCGAGCCCAUUGGCUCUUAUUAAUCAGUGAAGUCGUUUUUAUGGGAUCCGUAGAUGUUAUCAUUCUCCCAGAAUCAUGUAUGUGGUGAUUAACAUUUUGGAUACGUUUUGUUAACUUAUUUGAAGGAACUAUAAAUUACCAUUAGUCUUCUGUAGGUGUUAGCUGGAGAGUAAAAUAAAUCUCAAUGAAUUAAUCGGAGAAACACACUUUAACUAUAGCUUUGCCUGUGAAGAACAAAUUUACUUUAUAGGGAAGAACAUAUUUUUAUUUGUCAGGGAUCCUGUGGAGUUCAAAUCAGUGUCACUUUAUAAGUUUUGCUUUUAAUUGUACUAUAUUUUAGGAAACACAUGGAAUUUUCAUAUUCAAAAGAGUAAAAUACUUAAAGGACUUGAAUUUUUAAAUGUUUAUAAGUUCUCUGAAGAAAAGCAUAAUUUCAGAGAUGCUUUGUAUAUAAGCUGGUUUCCUAACAAUUUUCAACCUUGCUCAUACUCUGGAUGAAGGGAGGACAAAUAAAUCUGCAUUUAUACA